AUUUGUGGUGGUUGAUGUCGAGUCAGCUUACAAUGUGAUCCUGGGGAGGCCAGCACUUAACGCAUUCCGGGUGGUAGUAUCGACCUACCAUAUGAAGCUAAAGUUCCCAGUCGGAGACCAAGUUGGAGAAGCUCGAGGCGAUCAAAAGCUGUCGAGGACUUGUUAUCAAAUUGCUGUAAAAACCAACGAACGGGCCGAAGUUAAGGAGGGAAAGAAGCAAUUGAUGAACGAGAAAAGGCCAAGGAAUAGUGAUCUCGAACCCCACGGGGAGCUAAUGGAAAUACAAAUCGGAAAAACAAAGGAACAGACCACUAAGAUCGGGAAAGACCUGAAAGUCGAGCUACGAAACCAACUGAUCACACUACUAAAGAAGUUCAGGGAUAUUUUUGCCUUCACCCCUGAGGAGUUGACAGGUAUCGACCCCGCUAUUAUGGAACAUAAACUCAACGUCGACCCCCUCAGAAAGCCAGUAAAACAGCGACUUAGACGUCAUGGUGAAGAAAUCGACAAACCAAUUGAAGUCGAGGUGGAUAAGUUGUUGAGGGCAGGACAUGUCAAAGAAAUCCAACUUCCCGAGUGGAUAUCCAACACCAUGAUGGUGAGAAAGGCGCUAAACAAAUGGCGCAUGUGCAUCGAUUUCCGUGACUUAAACUUGGCUUGCCCAAAAGAUUAUUACCCUUUACCACGAAUUGAUCAGCUCGUCGACUCUACGGCUGUUUGCGAAUUAUUGAGUAUGAUGGAUGCAUCUCAGGGGUACCACCAGAUCCCGUUAUGCCCGAAAGAUCAAAGUAAGGUGAGCUUCGUGACGAGUAAAGGGACGUACUGCUAUGUCGUCAUGCCUUUUGGACUUAAGAAUGCUGGAGCAACCUACCAACGGCUGAUGGAUCGAAUGUUCAAAUCUCAGAUCGGGCGAAAUAUCGAGGUAUAUGUGGACGAUAUCUUGGUGAAGAGUAAAGCCUCGACCUCACACCCAGACGAUUUAAGGGAAACAUUUCAAACUCUUAGGGCGUUCGGGAUGAAGCUGAACCCAAACAAGUGUGCCUUUGGAGUAAAGGCAGGACGAUUCCUGGGAUAUAUCGUCAAUGAGCAUGGAAUCGAGGUAAACCGGGAGAAAGUGAAGGCCAUACUCGACAUGGCCCCACCAAGAAGUAUAAGAGAUGUACAAGUUCUGACGGGACGAAUUGCAGGGCUGAGUAGGUUCAUUGCUCGAGCCGCAGAAAAAAGCUUCCCGUUCUUCAAAUUACUAAAGAAGAAGUCGACCUUCUCAUGGAGUGACGAAGCACAAAUGGCCUUCGAAAAAUUAAAAGAAUUCUUAGGCGAGCUACCCUUGUUGACGAAACCAGAAUCCGGUGACGAGUUGGUGCUUUAUAUAUCUGUGGGUUCGGUAUCACUAAGUUCAGUGUUAUUGCGAGAAGAAGGAGGUGUCCAACAGUCAAUUUACUACACCAGUCGAAUUCUUCAAGGUGCGGAGACAAGAUAUUCUGAAAUUGAGAAAGCCGCCUUGACACUGGUGAUAACGGCUACAAAACUAAGACCAUAUUUUCUGAAUCAUGUGGUAGUGGUCAGGACGAACUUCCAGCUGGGUGAAACAUUAGGUCGACCCACGGUAUCAGGUCGACUCGUUAAGUGGGCAGUUGAGCUGAGCGAAUAUUCUAUCAAGUACGAGCCGAGGCGAGCCAUAAAAGCUCAAGCCCUGGCGGAUUUCAUCCAGGAAGGUACAAAAGAAGACGAGAAGAAGUGGGUUAUUCACGUCGACGGGUCCUCGGCGGCCAAAGGAUCAGGUCUUGGAAUC